UGAAAAGCGAAGGCUUGUGUGUUUUGACACUUGCGAGAUGCCGUACUUUGGAUUCCGGAAGCAUAUCUGCUGUCAUCCAAACAAACAACAUGGGCUGAUUUUCGAGAAUGUCAUCAAGAGACGUAGCUAGUCCUUCAUUUGCAAAAGUGUGCAAGUCUAGAGAAGGUGACUGGAAGAAGUUGACUGUAUUUGAUUAAGCUUUUUUUCAAAUCAGCCAUGGCUCGGGAAGAAGAGGAAGAAGAGCUGACAGCCAAUGAACCCAAGAAGGUGGACAUGUUUACAUCAGUGCAUUGCCUGGGUUACCUGUCCAGCGUCAACCUCCUUGUGGCGGUAUGCGUUGGCAUGUAUGUACGCUGGGAGGUGACAAGUGAACCGAUGAUUCUGGUCAUCUUCAUCCUGGGCCUCUUUGUCAUGGGGAUAGCCAGCAUCCUCCAUUACUACUUUGCUAUGGGGAAGGCUAGUCUCAGCUUGUUCCAUUUGUGGUUUGGCUUUUUGCUGGGCCUUCAGUGCUUUCUCAACAGCCCUGCCUUGAAAUUAAAUGUCAAGGAACUGGUUGCCAACUAUCUACUGUUAGCCAGUGUAAUCAUGAAAGCAGUAUGGGCUUUAACUGAGAGAAUAUGCAGCUCCAUCCGUUACAAACCCACCUUGCUAACAUCAACUGAGCUACUGGACCUCCUGGGAUUUGGCAUUGCCAGCACUACCAUGCUUCUUCACAAGUCAGUGGCCAUAAUAGGCUUGGUUGUGGCCCUGGGGGCUCUCAUUGUGGACCUAAGGAUGAAAUCCCUCCUGGCCUUGCCUAACCUUGUCAGUUUUGCCUUGGUUACCUCUCUUGUGUUUUUCCAGGCCUUAGACAUUUCAGCCAACCCGUAUGCUUUAGGCUGCUACAUGGGAAGGCUGCUGUGCGAGCCUGUGCUAGAUGUUUACUUCAGUGUGCUGGGGUCCAGUGAGCGCUGGAUACCAGUGCUGUCCCUGGGGAGGCUGUGGAGGAUGCUGUCUCUGCUGCCCCUGAGUCUGACUGAGCUGGCCUUUUUUGUCCUGGCUGCGUUAAAGCUUGGCCACUUGGAGCUCUGGUAUCUGGUGAUCCCAGGCUUCUGCCUGUUUGGCCUUUUCUGGUCCAUCUGCCACAUAAUUCUUCUGAUGACAAUAUGGGGCUUCCACUCCAAGUUGAGUGAAUGUCAGAAGGCCUGGCGGGCCCAGCGAUCCAGUAGCCGGAGUCUCGACAAAGUCAUGGCCUCCAGGGGCAUCCGACACUUCUGCCUUAUUUCAGAACGACUGGUGUUCUUUAGUAUGCUGUCAACGGUCAUACUGGGGGCUGUGUCCUGGCAGCCCUCCAACGGCCUUUUUCUCAGUGCUCUGCUGGUGGUGCUGCCUUUGGAGUCUCUGACCCAUGGCUUGUUCCAUGAGCUGGGCAGCUGCCUUGGGGGAACUUGUGUUGGCUACGCCCUGGUAAUACCUACUGCUUACUGCAGUGCUGAUGGCCAGCCCACUCUCCUACCACCUGAGCAGGUACAAGAGCUGAACCUGCGCUCAACAGGUAUGCUGAACAACGUGCAGCGCCUAUUCUCCCACCACAUGAUCCAGACGUUUGGUUGUGACUACUCCACCAGUGGUGUCACGCUGGAGGCCCUGCAGACAAAGCUACGCAACUUUCUGGAGCUUCGUACAGCGGACGGGCCCCGUCAUGACACCUAUCUGAUUUUCUACAGUGGGCACACGCACAAAGGCACUGGGGCUUGGGCUCUGGCUGGAGGUGAGAGCCUCCACAUGGCACAGUUGCUGGAGUUGUGGAAGGAGAAGAACGCCGGCCACUUCUCCCGUCUCAUCCUCGUCUUAGAUACUGAAAACUCCCUCCCCUGGGUGAAGGAGAUACGCAAGGUGGACGGCAUCUAUAUAGCCGUGCAAGGCGCUGAGCUGUCCGGCACCCGGGUGGACCCAGAGCCUGGAGACACCCCCCUCCUCGGGGACUUCACUUCCGAAUGGGUGGAGUUCAACUGCAACCCAGACAGCGACACCCAGUGGUCAGAAAAGGGAAGGACUGUGACGGCCGCAUACGGCGUCUCCAAACGCUGGAGUGACUACACGCUUCACCUGCCCACUGGAAGUGAUGUGGCCAAGCAUUGGAAGACACACUUUCCAAAGGUUACAUAUCCCAUGGUGCACCUCUCCAACUGGUGUUGUGGCCUCAACCUGUUCUGGUUGUGUAGUGUGUUUCUGCGCUGCUUCAGGAGAUGUAAACUAGCUUGGUUCCCACCAUCUGUACUGGACACUGGGCAGGGCAUUAAACUGGUGCACUCUUAGAUAAUAAGGGAAGAUGACAUGUACAUUUGGACUCUGGUAGUCUGGUAGCUGAGUAGGAGGUGUUUAUAGAAAGGAAAAACAAUGCUGUACACAAACAUGCACACAGGUUCAACUCCUCCCAAAUGUAUUUCUGCAUGUUUAAUUGCUAUGUUGCAGAACAGCAGUAAUUUCAUAGCAAAACACCAGCUCAAUAUUCUAUUGUAUAACCCAAAAUGAGGGAGUGAAAAAACAUAUAAAAUAACUUCUUUUAAUGGUAAGAUAUUCCACAAUUACAGUGGAUGAAUCCAUAUGAAGUACAUACUUAUAACUUCUUAAAAUAUGUUGAGGUAAAAGACCAAAAUGUGUGUUUUUUUUGGGACCAUGUGAUAUUGGGUUUUUGAAUACUAUUUUUCCAUUAUAAUUAUUUCUUUGGAAAGC